GCCACUUGUUUCCCCAAACUAUGGGAUCAAAAUCACAUAUCAGUAUGCUUCAAUGCCCGCGGAUUUUCUUUAUAUGCAACCCUCGACGUCUUAUUGCUCCGGCGGUGGUCAGCAUUCCUCCUUUUCCUUUCAUUUCCUUUCUGUUUUCAACGGAAAGCCGUGGCUCCGUUGAAGCGGCGCUGCCAUCUCUCUAACGGUGCUGCGACGGACGGCGGCGGCGUCCUGUUGACAUCAUCAUCUGGGGGUGGAGGCCGGGAGGAUUGUGCGAAUUCGUUAUCCCAAGCUAUAUCAUCUUCAACGGUAUUAGGCGCAAUGCAGCCACGCGACGAACGCGACAUCGAGGCUGGCAAUGCUGAUGUUGCCGGCGCAAAUGCAAAUGAACAAGAUGGCUUCUCCGAUCCUUUUGACAUUGGGAAUACCAAAAAGGCGUCCUUGGAGGCGCUCAAACGGUGGAGACAAGCUGCACUUGUUCUCAACGCUUCACGUCGAUUCCGCUAUACUUUGGACUUGAAAAAGGUUGAACAUAAAGAUCAGAGAAGAAGAAUGAUUAGAGCACAUGCCCAAGUCAUAAGAGCUGCAAUGCUUUUCAAAUUGGCUGGGCAAAGAGAAAUCGUUUUGGGAACCUCAGUAACUCCUCCAGCUCCAAGUGGUGAUUACGGGAUCAGACUUGAGCAGUUAGCUUCAAUUACAAGGGAUCAUAAUCUUUCUGUCCUGCAACAAAAUGGAGGGGUCAAAGGCCUAUCAGAAAAGUUAAGAACCAAUUUGGAUACAGGAAUCAUUGGGGAUGAAGAUGAACUGUCUAAGUGUCGCAGUACGUUUGGAUCAAACACAUACCCUACCAAAAAGGGCCGCAGUUUUUGGAUGUUCCUUUGGGAGGCAUGGCAAGAUUUAACCCUCAUCAUCUUGAUAAUAGCUGCUGUGGCGUCAUUGGGACUUGGAAUAAAAACAGAAGGUCUUUCAACAGGAUGGUAUGACGGUGGUAGCAUUUUUUUUGCUGUUUUUCUUGUUAUUUUUGUAACAGCAACAAGUGACUAUCGUCAAUCGCUCCAAUUCCAAACCUUAAAUGAGGAAAAGAAAAAUAUCCAAGUGGAGGUUAUUAGAGGUGGCAGGCGAGAAAAGAUGUCAAUAUAUGAACUGGUUGUUGGUGAUAUUGUACCUCUCAAGAUAGGCGAUCAGGUUCCUGCUGAUGGAAUUCUAGUAAGUGGCCAUUCCUUGUCUAUAGAUGAAUCCAGCAUGACCGGCGAAAGCAAGCUUAUGCAAAAAAAUUCAAAGUCACCUUUCUUGAUGGCUGGUUGCAAGGUAGCUGAUGGUGAAGGAAAAAUGCUGGUAACUGGUGUUGGAAUAAAUACCGAAUGGGGAUUGCUGAUGGCGAGUAUAUCAGAGGAUACCGGUGAAGAGACCCCAUUGCAGGUGAGGUUGAAUGGAGUAGCAACUUUUAUAGGCAUUGUGGGCCUUGCGGUGGCACUUACUGUCUUAAUUGUUCUUCUGGUCAGAUUUUUCACUGGGACUACCAAAAAUCCUGAUGGAACUUCUCAGUUUGUGAGUGGGAAGACUAGCAUUAGUGAAAUCGUUAAUGGUGUCAUACACAUCAUAACUGCUGCAGUUACCAUUGUAGUAGUUGCGGUCCCAGAAGGUCUUCCAUUGGCAGUUACUUUGACCUUAGCAUAUUCAAUGAAGAAAAUGAUGGCUGACAAAGCCCUGGUGCGUAGACUUUCAGCUUGUGAAACUAUGGGAUCUGCUACAACUAUAUGUAGUGAUAAGACUGGCACGCUAACUCUGAAUCAGAUGACAGUAGUUGAUGCUGUUGUGGGGAAAAAGAAGAUGGAUCUACCUGAAGAUGGAUCCCAAUUACCCUCAGUUGUUUCUUCUUUAAUACAUGAGGGUAUAGCGCUAAAUACAGCAGGCAGUGUUUUUUCUUCUAAGGAUGUCAGGGGAACAGAGGUUUCUGGAUCACCUACAGAGAAGGCGAUUCUGACUUGGGGCAUUAAGUUAGGUAUGAAGUUUGAUGAUGUUAGAUCAGAAUCUGUAGUACUUCACGUUUCUCCCUUCAACUCUACAAAAAAGCGAGGGGGUGCUGCAGUUAGACGACUGAGUAACUCUCAAGUUCACGCACAUUGGAAGGGAGCAGCAGAAAUCAUUUUAGAAUCAUGCACUUGGUACUAUGAUUCCAAUGGUUCCUUGCAGUCCAUUGGGAAGGAGAAGGGUUUUUUCAAGGAAGCUAUUGAAGAUAUGGCAUCAAGAAGUUUGAGGUGUGUUGCAAUUGCCUACAGAACUUGUGACAUAGACAAAGUUCCAACAGAUGAAGAGCAGCUCUCACAAUGGGAUUUGCCUGAAGAAGAUCUUAUUCUGCUUGCCAUUGUUGGCAUAAAGGAUCCUUGCCGCCCUGGUGUCAAAGAUGCAGUGAGACUCUGUACAGAUGCUGGUGUUAAGGUGCGCAUGGUUACUGGAGAUAAUAUUCAAACAGCUAAAGCAAUAGCUUUGGAGUGUGGGAUUUUAUCUCCUGAUGCAGAUAUUACAGGGAAUGAUAUAAUUGAAGGGAAGGCUUUCCGUGAGUUGCCUGAAAAGGAAAGAGAACAAGUUGCAAAAAGGAUUUCGGUAAUGGGAAGGUCAUCCCCUAGUGACAAGCUUUUACUUGUACAAACACUGCGUAAACAAGGAGAAGUUGUUGCUGUUACUGGAGAUGGAACCAAUGAUGCCCCAGCGCUCCACGAAGCUGAUAUAGGUCUAGCCAUGGGCAUUCAAGGGACUGAAGUUGCAAAAGAAAGUUCAGACAUCAUCAUUCUAGACGAUAACUUUGCUUCAGUAGUAAAGGUUGUACGUUGGGGACGUUCUGUUUAUGCAAAUAUUCAAAAAUUUAUCCAGUUCCAGCUCACAGUCAAUGUUGCAGCUCUUGUUAUUAACGUUAUAGCAGCAAUUUCAUCCGGUGACGUCCCUUUAAAUACAGUGCAGCUUCUUUGGGUAAACCUUAUAAUGGAUACUCUUGGAGCAUUGGCACUGGCUACUGAACCUCCAACUGACCAUCUGAUGCAUAGACCUCCUGUUGGUAGAAGGGAGCCUCUAGUAACCAAUAUCAUGUGGAGGAACCUGAUUAUUCAGGCUGUCUAUCAAAUUGGUGUCCUCCUUGUAAUAAACUUUUGUGGCAAGAGUCUUCUCAACUUGGAGCAGGAUGGAACAGAACAUGCUAAUAUGGUGAAGAAUACCCUGGUAUUCAAUACUUUCGUUCUCUGCCAAAUAUUCAAUGAGUUCAAUGCUAGAAAGCCUGAUCAAUUGGAUGUGUUUGAAGGUGUGACGAAAAACCCCCUCUUCGUUGGGAUUGUGGGAAGUACUUUUAUUCUCCAGAUUGUCAUCAUUGAGUUCCUUGGAAAGUUCACUUCAACAGUGAGACUCAAUUUCAAACUAUGGCUGAUUUCACUCUGCCUUGGGCUUGUCAGCUGGCCGCUAGCGAUGCUCGGGAAAAUGAUCCCAGUUCCCAAGACCCCAAUUGCAAAGGUGUUCAUCAAACCCUACCGCCGAUGCAUUGCAGCUCGUGAUACUCCCCAAUAAAUGGCUGUUUGCUUGUCCCUAUCUCUAAACGACUAAACCUGUUGCUGCCCCGCCUGCCCAAUAUACAUAUAUUUCUUUUUCUCUAAUUGAAGAUAUACGUGGCUGUCAUACUCCCCAGAUAAUCAUAUACUCUGUAGUUGGAAAUCAAUCUUUAUAAAUACAUAAACUCCCAUUGUAAAUUAUAUACACCUUACUAUUCUAUACUAGUGAGCAACAUUCUUCAACAUGCAUUGUAUAAUUGUAUUAGUUAGGCAUGG